CGGAAGCGCCGCCGUUCUGUGACGUCGGAGCUGAGCGCGCCCUCGCGCAGGGGGCGGGGCGAGACGUCGGCGGGAGCGCGCGGACGUGGGUCGAGCUGAGACGACGCGGAGGGGGAGCGCGGCCCCGAGCCGGCGGGUGAGAGCGCGGCCUGUACACGAACAGUACAAAUGCCCCAAAGCUAAAUCUCUGUGGAUCAGCCACCGAUCGAUCAUCUGAUGAUGGGCCAACAUAUCUCCAACCAAACGUUACCGGACAGGAUGAUGAGGCAUGCUUCCUUGGUGAAGGAAAGUGGCUUCCUGACAUAUGACGAGUUCCUUGCCAGGGUGGCAGAGCUUAAUGAGAUCACAGAGAGGUUGGCUGCUGGACAGGAAAAGUACUUACUGUUUGAAGUACAGCCUGGAUCUGAUUCAUCAGCUCUUUGGAAAGUCAUUGUUCGCAUCUUUAGCUCAAAGAUUAAUAAGACGACUGGAAAUAUUGAGGCCUCGAGAAUUCUAAACCUCUAUCAGUUCACUCAGCUGUACCGGGAGAUCAGUGUCCAGGCUGACGGAGUGCUUGGCCAGAGCAGCAGCUGUGAGGAGAUGGUGGCAGAUGGGUCCAGCUGCCACGCCAGUAUGUGGCUCGGCAAGAUUAAGGAGAUGACGGACGAGGAGGAGUGUUGUAUCUGCAUGGAUGGCCGAGCUGACCUCAUUCUGCCCUGUACCCACAGCUUCUGUCAGAAGUGCAUUGACAAAUGGAGUGACCACAACCGGAACUGCCCUAUUUGUCGACUGCAAGUGAAGGAGGCUGCCGAUUCCUGGGUCGUGUCUGAUGCACCGACUGAAGAGGACAUUGCAAGCUACAUCCUCAAAAUGGCCGACGACGCUGGACAACCCCACAAGCCCUAAGACUUGCAGGAGAUGUUGAUCCUCUGACUACGUACUCUUCAAAUUUGGUCUCCUUUACAAAUAUAAAGAAUCUCCCACAGAUUUUGAGAACCAAAGCCGUUGUCCAUUGGAUCACUUUUAAUUUUUUGCCCUCGCAGUUCGAUCGUGAGCUAAAGCUGACGGCAGGCUUGAUGCAAAUCUUGGUUGUGUUCUUGUGAAGAGGUUGAUGCUCUGGCAAGCCUGCAUUUUGACUUGUAGCACCCACUCUUGUUUUGCUUGUCUGUUUGAUAGGCUUGAACUCUGAAGUAAAUGCCUGGCCCCACAUGAAUUGAUAAGAGAUGCUUGCCUCUUAAAAAGGUAACCAUUAACUUUGCAUUUGGGCCUAAGUUCAUGGGAGAAUUAAUGAUGGGACUGAGAUUUAGUGUUGAUCUUUCCUGCUGGGAUGUGGGGUUGUGUUUGACUGAAAUAGAACAGAGUGGAGUGAGAUGGUGAUUUAACAGCCAAUGUACCUGAUGAAUUAUAAAUGCUAAGACUUGCUGCUUUUGUGAGGAUGCUCCUGGACUUUCAUAGGUUGUGUUCUGUAGAUACUGAGAGUGUAAUAAGAGAUGAUGCAUAAUGAUUUAAUUCCAGAAAGUCACCUGCUGUGGUUUGGACUUUCUAUCCACACUUGCUCCAAUACCUGGUAUUUGCAACACAAAUUUAGAAAUGACGACUUCUAAUGCAUUGGAGUUUUAAUGAUUUUCUAUUUUUGAAAUUUAAUGUUCUCCUUUCAGCUUUUACUUGUGAGAUGAUUGCAUUUAUAAAAUUACUCAUAUGUUUCAAAAAUCUAUCAAAUCCGUCUAUCACAAACCACUAAGAUGUACUGCUCCCCAAUCACCUUCACCUAUUUCCAAGAUUCCUUUGCAUUGGAAGCUCUCCAGAAGCCACUUUAUGUGUAAAAUUAUUAUGUAAAUUUAGAAUGUGAUGUUUUCACAAGCAGACUGUGAAGGAAGGGUAUUGACCUCUAUAUUUUAAAUGUACCUGAAUUUGACUUGGUAAGAUGAAAUGAUAAUCCCUUUUGGAGUGAGUUGCUAUACUGAGCUAGUGAGAACAUGCCAUAUCGGACAUCCCUGUGUUUAUGAGAUAUCUUAACACUUGAAUUCAUGCUGAUGAAUGCAAAAAAAAUUACAGUUUACAGACAGGUUAACAUGUGGCAUGCUAACAUGCCACAUGUUAAGAGCCAAGCAAUGGAAUAAUUCAGCCCUUGCUUCCCACAGAUUCAAGGGCUGGUCACCCAGCUUGUUUAUUUCUACUAGUUAAAGGCUUUGUGUUCAUCUUGACCAAUUUACUAAUCAUUUUUGUUGGAAAUAGAGUGAAUAAAUUAGUCUGUGAAGAUCUUUUUUGACAUUAGCUGGUAUCCAUGUGUUCAGUAGUAGCCAGCAUUCACAAGCUGUUCCUAACAGUUUAAUUGCACGAUUAUUAAGUUAAUGACUACUAAUUAUAAAAUCAGUAUUUUUUGAUGGUCAUGACUAGUUUUUAUUGAUGAAUAAUGUACACUUAUUUGCAUUAUGUUGCAGGAAGAAUUUGUCACAUUUUAAAAGUUAUUUGGUUUAUUGGUGGAAUCUUUUUACCUAGUCUUGUUUGUUGAAUGUUGAACAAUAAAAAGAUUUUGCCCG